GCUCGGGUAGGGGGGCUGCCAGUGAGAGCAGCUCAGUCAUUUCAGUGCAACACACCUUUAUUGAGAAGUGCCAGGCUAGAGGCAGGGGACCCAAAGCUUCAAGGAGCACGUUGUCCAAUGGGGGAGACACACCCAGAGCUGCUGAGUGCAGUAAAGCACUAGGCCGGGCAUGAAACAGGGGCGCCGGGGAUACAUCCGAAGGCACAGUGCCUUUUGCCUGCUGGGCAGGGAGGGAGAGGCAAACAGGCUGAUGACACAGGGAAGAGAAAGGCGGGUGGCUCAGAUGAGGCCCUGAGAGGUGGCUCCUUGUCCUUCUCACAGGACCAGGUUGGGCUGGAUAUGGGGCUUGGGAUGGACAAGACUUCAAGCCAGCACGGGGAAGUUGAGGGAGUAUUACAAGAGGAAUAGAGAUACCUUGAGUGUGCUCUUCCCUCUGUCCUUGACUGUGUGACCUUGGGCAAGUUCCUUCCUCUUUCAGGUCUAUAAGUUCUUUGUUCAUAAAGGAGGGGGCUUAGGCAGAAUGUUUUCCAGUGGCUCCUCUACACUUGUCAGAAGUAGUGCGAAGUAGCGCCCUCCUCUUCAUUUCUGCUUUCCCAAAGGUGAAGGAGCUGGGGAAUUCCGUGGAGGCUUGGGAGGCAUGGAGAGAGGGGAACCAGGUAGAAGGCAAAGUUCCGGGCAGGGACUGGACCACCACCCUGAGUCCUUAUGAAUGAACACAGCUUUUCCGGUUUCCAGAGUGUUCUCCUAACACAGCCAUAUUGAGAGAAGAGUCUACAAGGGAGAAACUGAGGCUCAGAGAAGUUCGGGGGCAUUUUUUUGAGGAUCAUGUUCCAGAGGUUAUGUGGGGACAAAACUUGCUCAGGAUGUGGAAAGUGUUGCUGAGGACCAGACGCUGGAGCCUGCAGCAGUGUGUGGCAGGCUGAGUACACGUGGGGUGUUGUUAGACAUUUGUGGUGGCGCCCGGGCCACAGAAUGAGAUAGAAGAAAUAGCCCCGGGCAAUGAGAGAACAAGCUAGGGGGUCUGGGGCUGAAGAUAGCGUCCCCUAGUUCCUGAGGCAUGGACGGAGGCCCGCACGGCCUCUGAGCUCUGCUGUGCCAGCCCUGCGGUACCUGGGCUGCGGAAGUUCCUGCCCGAAAGCUGCCGUCAGCAGGCGAGCUGCCAGCUUUCCAUGGAGGCUCCGGGAGCUGCUCCUGGUUUGUGGCUGGGCCUGCCUUUCUCCCCGCAGUGGGCGCCCGACCUUGAUGGCCAGCAGGCUUUGAGGCCCAGGCUUUCCGCCAACAGCAACAGGCUCCUGGCCAGGCCGGGCAAGGGGGCCUCAGCGGGAAAAGCUGCUUGCUCUAGCUCUGCUCCACUCAGAGGCCGUGAGGGUGGUCCCAGGCAGGAUGCCUCACUCCUUGGGGACGUGCCCUGGAGCCUCCUGGUGUCCAGCUCACGGGCAUCUCAUCCGCAGAAGUACAAUGCUGAUUAUGACCUGUCGGCCCGGCAAGGGGCGGACACCUUGGCCUUCAUGUCUCUGCUGGAGGAGAAGCUGCUCCCCGUGCUGAUACACACUUUCUGGGUGGACACCAAGAACUACGUGGAGGUGACCCGGAAGUGGUACGCGGAGGCCACGCCCUUUCCCCUGAACUUCUUCCUUCCCGGCCGCAUGCAGCGGCAGUUCGUGGAGCGGCUGCAGCUGCUGUGCGGGGAGCACCGGCCCGAGAACGAGGAAGAGCUGGAGAAGGAGCUGUACCACGAGGCCCGGGAGUGCCUGACCCUGCUCUCGCAACGCCUGGGCGCCCAGAAGUUCUUCUUCGGAGACGCCCCUGCCUCCCUGGACGCCUUUGUGUUCGGCUACUUGGCGCUGCUGCUCCAGGCUCAGCUGCCCAAUGGAAAGCUGCAGGCCCACCUGCGGGGGCUGCAGAACCUCUGCGCCUACUGCACCCACAUCCUCAGCCUCUACUUCCCCUGGGAUGGAGCUGAGGUGCCGCCCCCCCGCCCGACGCCUGCGGGCCCGGACACGGAGGAGGAGCCCAACCGGCGGCGGAACCAGAUCCUGUCCGUGCUGGCGGGCCUGGCGGCCAUGGCGGGCUACGCCCUGCUCAGUGGCAUCGUCUCCAUCCAGCGGGCGACACCUGCUCGGGCCCCAGGCACACGGUCCCUGAGCAUGGCUGAGGAGGAUGAGGAGGAGUGACCUGUCCUCACACCUGCCCCCCGACCCCGGGACUGACUUUUCUACUGUCGUACAUUCCAGAGGCCCCGUCCUCGGCAGGGCUAGAAGUGGGGGUGCCCCUCCCACAAUAAACCACACUGACCGGAA